GCAUGAGUAGCGUGUAACUUUCAACUAAAGCAGCAUUUAAUGCUCAGUGUUCCAACUACCCCUUUGACAAAGACCUGCUCAAGAUGCUUAAUACGGAGUAUCAACUUUAACCUGCCUACAAUUACAGUUAGCAAAAUCAUGUUCUUUCCAAGGUGGUUGAUAUUUUUUUAUAAAAGAGGCAACAACAUUUAAAACAUUUUGUUCGCACUACACCAACUCAUUGGCCACUAAGUUGGUAAUAUAUUGUUGCUAUAUAAACCCUACUCAACACAUCAAAUCUCACCACAAAAUUCCACAGCCCAUCAAUGGCAGAAAGUUGAAAGAGAAGUGGAUUAUAGUGAGCUUACGAAGUGGCUGCUCAUUCGUCAUUCCAAGACCCAAGGGAGGACAAACACUGGAAAUGGUCUUGCAUGAUGAAGAGAAUGUAGAUCACACUAAAUAGAAAUAGGUUGUGAGACUGAAGGUCAUGAGGGUUUUUGAAGUUCUGGCUCUUUCCAAAGGUGGAUAUACGCCUGAAGUCGUUUUCCAAGACAAGAGGUAUGUCGCUGUGGGUAACGAGCCGUUCUUGAAGGCAUACAACGGCUCCUUCUUGAAGACAACCUUCCCCGCGUUACAGAACAUCCAGAAGGCUCUCAACGAAGCCGGGAUCGGAGACAAGAUCAAGGCCACCAUUCCCCAAAACGGCGACGUAUACGACUCCGGUUCCGCCGGCCCGUCCGCCGGCAAUUUCCGGUCCGACAUCCGGGACCUAAUGAUCAAGAUCUGCCGUUAUCUCCGGGACAACGACGCCCCCUUCCUCGUCAACAUUUACCCAUUCCUCAGCCUCUACCAGAACCCCGAUUUCCCGAUCGAGUUCGCCUUCUUCGACGGCGGAGCGAAGCCCGUCGUCGACAAAGGGGUGUCAUACACGAACAUGUUCGACGCGAAUCUGGACACGCUAAUGUGGUCGCUGAAGAAAGCGGGGUGCGAAAGCGUGAGAGUGAUCGUCGGCGAGAUCGGGUGGCCGACGGACGGCCACCCGAAAGCGAACACCCAAUUGGCGGAGAAAUUCUACCGGGGAUUUCUCCAGAAAAUGGCGGCGAAGAAAGGGACGCCGCUGCAUCCGGGCCAGAUCGACGCCUACCUCUUCAGCCUCACGGACGAGAACAUGAAGAGCGUGGCGCCGGGCGAUUUCGAGCGGCACUGGGGGAUAUUCGGGUACGACGGGAAGCCGAAAUUCCCGAUCGAUUUCUCCGGGCAAGGGCAGGACAGGCUUCCGGUGGGGGCGAAGAACGUGCCGUACAUGCCGGCGCAGUGGUGCGUGUUCGACGGCGACGCCGAUGACCGGAGCGAGCUGGGACCGAACAUUCAGUACGCCUGCUCGCUCUCGGAUUGCACGGCGUUGAGCGCCGGAUCAUCGUGCGAGAAUCUGGAUUCGAAGAACAAGGCUUCGUAUGCCUUCAAUAUGUACUACCAGAUGAACAGUCAGGAUGUAGAGGCUUGCGAUUUCCAGGGACUGGCCAAGAUUGUGAAGAAAAACGCGUCCACCAAUGACUGUCUGUUCCCCAUUGCUCUGGAGAGCGCCGCCGUGAGAAUCGGCGGCUUCAGGGUUGUGAUCGCCAUUCUUGCCGGGAUCUUCAUCUUCUUCGCACUUUUCUAAUAGACCAGACACUUAUCAGAUUGAUUGAUUUAUUGACAGAUUUCAUGUAUGUAUAGCACACCCUUUUGUCUUUCUUCAAAGAUGAAAGGAAACAAAAGUUGGGUUGUAGUCUGAUAGACAUAAAAAGAACCUCUGAUUCCCAGCCUGGGAGUGCCUGCGGGCUGCUACCCUUCACCCACUGUCAGACUGUCCUUUUGCCCAUCUUUUUGACCACUAGAAUUUCCAGAGUUACAAGAGAUGCAACAUGCAUUUGAGCAAAUUUUACUAAACAAUACGAAAAGGCAUCUAUUUUUAUCAUUAUAGUCACAUUUGAAAAACUUGAAGCAAAAAGUGUUUUUACUCUUUAAUCC